UGAGGACUGGACAGGAUCCAGGUGCAAAAAAAGCCUGGCAGGAUCACUAAAAGGGAGCUCUCCACUGGAGAGACUGGAUAGCACACACACACACAUACACACACUCACCAACACACUCACACACAGUCAGAGCAGAGCCGAGCAGAGCAGAGGAGCUCUCAUCCAGAUCUGUGCCAGACGCACAGUCGACUCUUUUCGCGAGUUUUACUACGUUUUUUGUUUUAGUUUCACAUUAAGACUAUGUAAUACUUCAAUUUGGUGUCUAAUUUGAAGUUUUUCGAAGUUUGGUCUUGAUUUAUCACGCUUGUUUGGAAUAACUGUGAGGAUUAAGGGUGGAUACCUCACGACGCACAGGAGUCAUCUUGAAAAAGUUCGCCCAGGAUUGUUUCUUUCCGACUCAGGAGCGCGCAGCAGCUCGGAGCGCUUCAAGAAGAAAAAAAAACUGCUAGUGCGACUUCGUCUGGGCUGUUUUUUGAAUUGAGCCGUCCCAGAAAUGGUGGGGCACCUACAUUUACAAGCGAUGGAUGAUAGUCUGAAAGGAAAGAACCGGGAGGGGCUGCUCGACAGUCCGGAUUCGGGGUUACCCCCCAGUCCCAGUCCGCCCUUCUGCUCACUCUCUCCGGGUCUGAUCGAGUCGCGCUCCGGCAGCUGCACGACGCCCGUCGAAAGCCAUCAUGGAUAUUAUAAAAAGGAAAGCAGAGAAGGCAAACUGCUGCCCUACCUGCUGCUGAACGCCACAGGAUCAGAUCCCAGGACCCGCAUGUACCCAGUGUUCUUCGGAGAGAGCAUCGAGGUCAACCCCAAACCAGAGCAAGAAAUCAAGUGCAACUCCGCCGUCAAGUAUGACUCAGACAAGCAUUACCGGGACGGCGUGUAUUGCGCCACGGUUCCUACACCCACAUCCUACAGCGAGACAGUGGUGGCGGUGCGGGACUGCACUUGGAGGAGCUACAAAACCCAGGUGUAUCUGGAGCCGCGGCAGAGGCCCAUCAGCUACCGGAGCACCACCAUCAUCUACCCGAAACACGCCAAGAACACUUACCGCACCACGCUCAAGUACAACCCCACGGGCUCCCGCCGCUGGUUCGUCUCCACGGUGCAGCUGGAGUCGAGUGAGGAUACUAGUCCCUGUAUCAUCUACACAGAGGACCUGUAGGCCCCAGACUUUUUUUUGGAGGACGAGGAACUUGGGAAGGCCCCUAAUGAAAGGGAAGUACUCCAAGUAAUAACUGGAGCCCCUGAAAACCCCGGUCUGUUCAUCUUAACUCGCCAUGGAGGAAACUUUGGGAACCCUUAAGUGUACUUAGACUUUCUACUGAUGCAGUUUUUAAAAAGGGAGCUGCUCCUCUGGCAGUUUAAAGCUGCACUUCAAUGGUUAAUGUCUUAUUUAAUACAAGAGCUGACAAAUUGGUGGCCUUUGCUCUCCUUCAGGUUGGAUUGUAACCUCAGCGAAGGUAACAAUCAGAUUGUAGAUGUCUGUAUGUGUGUAGAGAAAAGAUAAGAUGGCAGGUGGAUUUCAGCCGAGCCUGUGCAAACCCAGUCACACCAAUGCAAAGCUUUCUAAUGCGGCUUUAUUGCACUUGUUUUCUACAGUAUAUAUCACAGGCCUCUCAGUGGACUCGCAUUGCAGGGGGGGAUUUCAGUACUGCAUUUGAAAAAUUGGACCAAAGGUAGUUUGAAGAGGCAUGGCUGCGUGAGAGUUUAUUUCACUUUAACAACUAAACACGCUCGGACAGAACACUUGCUUUUCGUUUUACCGUUUGUAUCAGCACACAUUAAAACAGUAACUUGUCUAGUUGAUCAGGCAUUUAUGUUAAACUGCACAUUGAAAGUUGUCCUAUUUAUUCACCAGAGCCAGAGCAGAAUUAAUACUAAUCAAAGGAAAAAUCGCAUCACAAUAACAAAAGAUUGGCUUGGAGAAGAUUUGAAAAAGUGAGAUAUUUAAAACCCCUGAAAGAAAUCUUAAGUAUUUUUCUAAAACAUUAGAUAUUCAACUGUGUUAGAUCACUGCUGUUUUGGUUCUGACGCCAGUUAAUCUGAACUUAAUUUGAAUACUUAGAUUUGAGGAGAUUAAACUAAAAGUGAAACAGGACGAUAAUGUCGGCGUUAAAGUGGUUUUUGAUAAACAGGUUACUGUUUGGUCUCUAGGAGGUGUUGACGGGCUGCAGAGAAACUUAGAAAGUUAAAGUUCAGAAAAAAAGAAUUAAGGUUGUUAUUUAUUAAGAGUUUAACACUCAGUAUCUGCUUCAUCAGGACUGUGUAGGUGCGAUUUGAUAAGAUUUGAUUAACAGUGGGCGGACAAUUCAAGCAAACGACCCACCAACUGUCGUUAGAUUUUGAUUAAAGUGUUGCUCAAUCCUGAUUGGUGCAGGGAAGCAUGUGAUGUCACCUUUUUCCCACUGAGACCCACCCAGUUAAAACCAGUGUGACGAGCACAGAGAAAACAGAAAUAUAGAAAUAUUUUAUGUGAAAUAACCAAAACUGUCAAAAUUUAGCAGAAAAUCGUGUCCAUGUUGGACCCCAUCAUAAAUAGAAACAGACUGAAAAAAUUUGGUUUCAGGGCCUUUAAGAAUGGUGGCACUCUUUGUAGGGUUUACCUUUUUGGAAGCAACAAUGUUUGUUUUUAACCUGUUUUGGUGCCAGAUGAGUCGGGCUUUUUUGCAGCAAGUGCCAAAAAGAACCAGACAAUUUUAGGAAAGUAUUUAACAAUUUGUAACACUUUCCUGUCACAAGUGCUGAAAAGUCUGUACUGAUGCAGCAGCGUGCACCUUUCUAGUUCUCCAUGAGUCAAAACAAACACUAUUUUCCACACUUCUAUUUGAAUGAAGUCUAGAUUGUCUGCAGUUUUGGGUGCCGUAAACAGUUGACAUUGCAUUGAUUCAACUGCAUCUCAAAAAAAUAAAAGGCUAACACUCUUCUGAAUGUUUUCAAAAAUCAUCAACUUGUUGUCAUAUUGGUCAGUUUCUGAUCCUAGAUAUCUCUGAAGCCCAACACCUUUCUAUAAGCAGUAACAUGUUACACGUGGAGCAGUGAAAUUAUUAAUAUUUCCUUGUUGAAGAUGUAAAAUAGGAUUUUAUUGAGCGUUUUCAUGACCCCUUUAUUGACUGUCUUAUACAUAUAUAUAUGUAUGUGUAUAUACAUAUAUAUAUAUAUUUAGAUUAUUGAACACAGCAAAUAUUGAAACUUUACCUCAAAUUUUCUUAGGUAUCAAUUUUAUUUCAUUGCAAAUGUGUAUUCCCGAUUUUCAGUUGAGGUCUUGAGCUGGUGUUAUUUUUAGAGUUUGAAAUACCCUCCAGGUAAGUGUCGAGUAGAAGGUGCACGGAGGGUAUGAAGCUGAGGUGGUGCAUCAGUACUGUAAGACGGGUACUGGGUUUUAUUGAGGGAACAGUAAGUAGCUUUACGAAGAGCAAGACAAGAAGGGAAAAGUCAGAACUGCUCUUUCAAAUGAAAAAUUAUUGCUGAGAUGAGGAAAUUACUCUGGAGGUGGUUUUAUACAAAACAGUAAAGUUCCUGGCAAGACGGUGGAGAGAUCUGUUAUGUGUUGAUGGUCUGAAAUGUCAAGAGAAACGAUGAGAGAACGUCAGCGGAUUGUUGGUGGUUUUAUGUGAGAUACGUUUGUGUUUCCUAACACUUGAUUUUGUUAUUGUAAAAUAUUUUUCCUGUUGUAUAUGUGGCAUCAAGGCACUUCAUAAUUCUCUUUAUAUUUUUGUACGUCAAUCAUUGUUCCUGUUCUGAUCAAAGAAAAUAAUUUAAAAAGAUGUAUAUCCUAAUUGAAUAAAAAAGUAAUUCCCAAACCCUAA